CACACGUCGUAGACCACGUCGUCAGUGUUUCCAUUAAACACCAGCUUCCCCUAAAUAUGUUGUUGUCUAUUGUCUACUCUCUUCUCCCAACUUCUUGUUCCAGAUAACAAAACACUCAGACAAAGACACGCUCUAACUUCUCCUUUUUUUUAUUUCUCUCUUUUUUUUUCUUCUCCUUAAUUCAUUAUUUAAAAAAAGUUUUAUUCACCUUUUUUCUUUCUUUCUUUCUAACAUAAGUACUUCAACUUCAUUUCAAAUCAAAUCUUAGUUGUUUCCUUCUACAAUUCUUACCCUUUUCUCAUUUUCUCCUAGAUUUUCUUUUUUUUCAUUUUUCAUCUUCCUUUUUUGGAAUUCAAUUAUUUCACUUUAUCAACUCAUUUUCACCUUCUUUUCUUCCGUUCUUCUUCAAUCUCCACUUCCUCACCAUUUCUGGAUUCUGCUUAGGUUUGAUUCAACUGGCUAUUGCCAAGAUCUACACCGUCGUUUGUUUGGGGUUUGGAGUUUUGAUCUUUCUGCUUUACCAAACUGAAUUACCGGUUUGGAUCUGGUCAACCUAGAAACAGCGCCAUCACAUGGCGCUGUUCAGAAGAUUCUUCUACCGGAAGCCGCCGGAUCGGCUUUUGGAGAUCUCUGAGAGGGUUUAUGUUUUUGAUUGUUGCUUCUCCACGGAUGUCUUGGAGGAAGGUGAAUACCGAGUGUAUAUGGGGGGAGUUGUGGCUCAGCUGCAGGAUCACUUUCCGGAAGCUUCUUUCAUGGUCUUCAACUUCAGAGAAGGGGAGAGGCGAACCCAAGUUUCAGACAUACUCUCUCAGUAUGACAUGACAGUUAUGGAGUACCCUCGACAAUACGAGGGUUGUCCUCUUCUGCCUUUAGAGAUGAUCCAUCACUUUCUUCGAUCAAGUGAAAGCUGGUUGUCUUUGGAGGGGCAACAGAAUGUGCUUUUGAUGCAUUGUGAAAGGGGAGGAUGGCCUGUACUGGCAUUCAUGCUAGCAGGUCUUCUGUUAUACCGGAAACAGUACAGCGGGGAGCAAAAGACUCUUGAAAUGGUCUACAAGCAAGCUCCCAGAGAAUUGCUCCACCUUUUAACUCCAUUGAACCCGCAACCUUCUCAGUUCAGAUAUCUCCAGUAUAUUUCCAGGAGACAUCUGGGUUCUGAGUGGCCGCCGUCAGACACACCCUUGUAUUUGGAUUGUCUGAUUCUUAGAGACCUCCCAUUAUUUGAUGGUGGAAAAGGUUGCAGACCUGUUGUGCGUGUUUAUGGUCCAGACCCUUCAAAACCUGCCAAUAGAAGUUCGAAGCUUCUUUUCUCAACCUCAAACUCCGUAAAGCAUGUUCGACACUAUCAACAGGCAGAGUGUAUGCUUGUGAAAAUUGAUCUCCGCUGUCGUGUUCAAGGAGAUGUGGUUCUUGAGUGCAUAGAUUUAAAAGAAGAUUCUACUGGUGAGGAGACGAUGUUUAGAAUUAUGUUCCAUACUGCAUUUGUGCGGUCAAAUAUCUUGAUGCUGAGCCGUGAUGAAAUUGAUAUUUUGUGGGAUGCUAAGGAUCAAUAUCCCAAGGACUUCAAAGCAGAGGUGCUUUUUUUGGACGCUGAUGCUGUUAUACCUGAUCUGAACACAGUAACGGCGGCGAGUCAAGAUGCAAAUGAAACAGAAAAUACUUCACCGGAGGAAUUCUAUGAAGUGGAAGAGAUUUUCAGCAAUGUAGUUGAUGUCCAGGAAAUUAAGGCAGAGGGUGAUUCUCAUACUUUUCAUAACAAUGCAGUGAAUGAUGGAAUUCCUAAAAGGAUCUGGAGGGAGGAUUCAGAUCCUCACGCUUUUCUGGAUUGCACACCAGAUGAUGGGAUUCACAAACAGGUUGGAAAGAUGGAUUCCGGUAUUAAUGCUGUGAAAGAUAUCUCUGUUGAUGAUGUUAACUGCAAGUUAAAUGCGAACACGGAUUCAGAUCCUCAGGCAGUGAAGGACAUUGCCAUGGAUGAUGGAGAAAUAAAGUCAAAUUCCACUGCCAUAACUUAUGAUAUGAUGAUACCUUUGGAAACAAAGGAAAUCAUUGAGGAUGCUGAUCGGGGAUCAGCAAUUAUGCAGGACAAAUAUGAUGAAGAUAACGAAGCAACAGAAAAGGAAUUAGAUUACAAGGAAGGGCAGCCUAUGCCUGAUAGUUCCAAACAAAAAUCUGGUAAACUACCUCCAUCUACUGCUAAGAAACAAAUUCCAUCAAACUCAAAGCCAGGAGAUACUGUUGGAAAACUAAAGGUUAAAGAAACCACUGCUUUUCAGGCAAAACAAGCUAAACCAACUGCAGUGACGAGGUGGAUUCCUUCUAACAAGGGUUCUUACACAAAUUCAAUGCAUGUAUAUUAUCCACCGUCAAGGAUUAAUAGUGCACCAGCUGGACUGUCAAAUAUAACCACUUCAAAAGAGAAAAUGGACGAUAUCAAAGCAAGAUCCUUACCUGCUCCUUUUGGCUCUGCAGCAGCUGUUUCUACUGACAUGAAAAAUGACCUGAAAAGUCGGAAGGUGACCACUUCAAAAUCUUUCGGCCCAGUUGUAUCAGAAAUUGAUGCAAAAUGUCCAUUAUCCCCGCCAUCAGUUAAAGAGACAUCUCUUAAGUCAGCAAGUCAAGUACAAGAACAGAGCUCAGAGCAAUUGCUACAGCCUCCCGCACGGCAUCCUAUUCCUCCUCCUCCCCCUCCUCCACCUCCGCCUUUGCCACCACCCUUUACAUCAUUUAGUAGACAAGACAUUAGGGUGAAUUUACAGCCUGCAACUUCUCCCCCCCCUCCACCUCCGCCACCACCUCAACCCUCUUGGAAGUCUGUGGCUUCAUCAAUAGUUGGAGAGAAUUGUGGUUCUUUAUCACUCUCCCCACCCGCACUUCCCUUUGCAAGCAAUGGAAUAACAUCAAAAUUUUCUGAAGUACCUACUGUAGUGGCCCCAUCAAGGCCGCCUCCUCCUCCACCACCACCACCACCACCACCACCAAUCCUCCCUUCACGGCAUGAAGUUUCAACCGUUCCUCCACCACCAUCAACAGUACCUCCUGCAAAGCAUGGAGUUUCAUCAAUUCCUCAUUCUCCUCCUCCUCCCCCCUCAUUUCCUAUGUCUUCAACAAACAUGUCUCCAUUCCCGCCACCUCCAACUACAUCUCAAAAAGCUCCACCCCCACCUCCACCUCCACCUCCACCUCAUCCACCCUUUGUUAAUUCAUAUUCAAGUUCACCUACACCACCUCUACCUCCAACUCCUUUUCGUAAGGCUCCACCACCUCCGCCUCCACCUCCUUUUGCUAAUGCUCCACCACCUCCGCCUCCACCUCCUUUUGCUAAUGCUCCACCACCUCCGCCUCCACCUCCUUUUACUAAUGCUCCACCAGCAAUGCCUCCACCACCACCUCCACCACCACCUUUUACUAGGACUCCACCAGCACCACCCCCACCUCCUCCACCCCCAUUUAGUACAUCUCAGUCUGCACCCCCUCCUUUUACUAGAGCUCCACCACCCCCACCCCCACCCCCACCUCUUCCUUUGUCUGGUGGAUCCCCACCUCCACCUCCUCCAAUGUCUAGAGCCCCUCCCCCUCCCCCUCCACCAAUGUAUGGAGCCCCUCCUCCACCUCCUCCGAUGCCUAGAGCCCCUCCACCUCCACCUCCUCCGAUGCAUGGAGCACCACCACCACCACCACCACCACUUCCCGGUGGUCGAGGCCCGCCACCACCACCACCUCCUCCUGGUGGCCGAGGCCCGCCACCUCCACCCCCUCCUCCUGGUGGUCGAGGAGGCCCACCUCCACCCCCUCCUCCUGGUGGUCGAGGAGGCCCGCCUCCACCCCCUCCUCCUGGUGGUCGAGGAGGCCCGCCUCCACCCCCUCCUCCCGGUGGUCGAGGAGGCCCACCUCCUCCACCUUUUUCUGGUGGUGCACCUCCACCACCUCCGCCCUUGGGUUCUAAAGCUGCAAAUAUUGGCGCUGACCCAAAUGGAAGAGGGCGUGGAUAUGCUCGCCCUGCUGUAGUGGCACCCCGACGAUCCUCCUUAAAGCCUUUGCAUUGGAGUAAGGUUACAAGGGCAUUGCAAGGAAGUUUAUGGGAAGAAUUACAAAGACAUGGAGAGCCGCAAAUUGCACCAGAGUUUGAUGUUUCGGAGCUAGAGAAACUUUUCUCUACAAAUGUUCCAAAACCCACCGAUUCCAAAUCUGGAGGGAGGCGCAAGUCUACUGGAUCUAAACCUGACAAAGUUCAAUUGGUUGACCUAAGGAGGGCCAAUAAUACAGAAAUCAUGCUUACUAAGGUUAAGAUGCCACUCCCUGAUAUGAUGGCUGCAGUACUAGCUUUGGAUGAGUCAGUAUUAGAUGUUGAUCAGGUGGAGAAUCUCAUUAAGUUUUGUCCUACCAAAGAGGAAAUGGAACUUUUGAAGGGAUACACCGGCAACAAGGAGAAUUUGGGAAAGUGUGAACAGUUUUUUUUGGAGCUGAUGAAAGUGCCAAGGGUGGAGUCAAAGUUAAGAGUUUUCGCUUUCAAAAUUCAGUUUCAGGCUCAGGUUACCGAAUUUAGGAAGAGUUUAAACACGGUUAACUCUGCCUGUGAAGAGGUCCGAAAAUCUACCAAACUGAAGGAUAUCAUGAAGAAAAUUCUUUUUUUGGGUAAUACAUUGAAUCAGGGAACGGCAAGGGGAUCUGCAGUUGGAUUUAAGUUGGAUAGUCUUUCAAAGCUCACUGACACUCGUGCUUCUAACAAUAAGAUGACACUAAUGCAUUAUCUCUGCAAGGUGCUAGCUGAAAGGUCGCCUGGACUCCUUGAUUUUCACAAAGACCUUGUUAGUCUGGAAGGUGCAACUAAGAUACAAUUGAAAUCAUUAGCUGAAGAGAUGCAGGCAAUUACCAAGGGAUUAGAAAAGGUUAAACAAGAGCUUGCUGGAUCAGAAAAUGAUGGACCUGUGUCCGAAGUUUUCCGUAAGACAUUGAAGGGAUUCAUUACUAUAGCUGAAUCGGACGUGGCAGAUCUAACAAAAUUAUAUUCUACGGUGGGUAAAAAUGCAGAUGCACUUGCACUGUAUUUUGGUGAGGAGCCUGCUCGAUGCCCAUGUGAGCAAGUUACUGCAACUCUAUUAAAUUUUAUAAGGUUGUUCCGAAAAGCACAUGAAGAGAAUUGCAAACAAGCAGAAUUAGAGAAAAAGAAAGCUGAGAAAGAGGCUGAAAUGGAGAAAGCUAAGGGCGUUAACUUAACAAGAAAGAGUGGAAAAGAUAGUUGAUGACUCGGUUCUCUGCUCCUUUGCACCGACAACCCGCUCUUACCGAAGAGCGGGAAUCCAACCAUGCAAGGUGAAUGCUUCUGAGGCCAGUUAUGACUUACGACUUUCGAAGCUUCUCUUUCCACGACGAUGAUGUGAAAAUGAGCCUUUCAAUCUUAUCUAUUGAAGGUGGAAUAGGAAAUUCAUGCCAGAUGGGGACCUUUGAACAUACAACAAGCUUAGGGUAGGAGUUAAUAUUCUUUGAUGGCAUGCUGUUGAAUGAGAAUUGUAUGGCCAAUUGAUCCUUCUUGUCAGAAGAAUAGUUUUGAGUUUAUUCCAAAUGGGUCUUUGGAUUUCUGGAUCUUUCCCAAGCUAAGACAUGCCAUGGCGGAUACUUAUCAUGUGGAACUUAAGCGCCCUUUUUCUUGGAUCGGAUGCUUACUGUGAUUGCUCAAUUAUGCCAUCUGCAUCCUCCAGUUUUGUGGCAGAACAUGCUUUUUGUUGCUGAAGAACUGGCAUUGGCUUGUAUCAUUCAUUUGCCUAAACUUUCUGGAUUUGCAAAGCCCUGCGGCCGCAGUACGAUAAAACCCUUGUACAAAGCACUAACCCUUUCCUUUAGGAUCAAAUUCUUUAUCAUCUAACAUAGAAAUUAGAUUUCUUUUUAUGGAAAUUUUGGUAGAUACCAUCCAGAAAAUUGUUGUAUAGCUUCUAGGUUGAGAGAAAAUAGAAAUCAGGUCAAUGUAUUAUUUGUAACUGUAAUAUAUAAGUGAAGAGAACUAGCUAAGAUCUAAUUAAAAUUGCAAUGCAAGUUUGAUUUUUUUUGUGUGAAA